UAAGUAUUUAGCCGAGUCCUCAAGCAAAGACAAGUAUUGCAACCAAUAUGGCUAAGGACAUACCACCUUGGUAUCAUGGAAGAAUAUCAGGGGACGAUGCCACGAGAAUAUUAACAAGAUUUAGACAGCCUGGUGCAUUUCUUUUACGUGACAGUCAAAACUUGGAAGGAGCAUACACACUGACUGUUUCGUGUUCUGUAGACGAAAGUGGAAAAUUUGUGGAUGUGAAAAAUUACAGAAUAGUGAAGAACAGAAUAAAGGGCAGAAAGAAAUUUCCAUCCGUAAAGGAUUUGCAGAAAUGUAUAAAGGAGCAAGAGGAACGGUACAAUGGAAGGCCAACAAAUCUUGUACUACCAGUUGAAAGAUCAGAAAUUGAAAAGUGGGACAGCAGUGAUGGGAACUGGCGUGAAAAGUUUCGGGUGCGUGAAGGAGAGGAAGACGAACAACAAAAAGGAACAGCAAGAAAACAAAAAGAUCAAGACAAACGUUCACACAAGUCUCCAUUCAAGUGGAGAACGAAAAAAGAAAAAGCGAGAGAAGAUAUCGAUCCACACAAGCAGCUGCAAGAUCCUGGCAGUUCUCGUAAUGAUUCUUACCCACUGGGACACCCGGGAAGUCAAGUUUGUGAGAGCAAAGAUUUUAACGAGAAUACCUCGCCUCAAGAGUUAAGCCCCAACGGCAACUGGCCGACAGUAGAUGAAGAGUACAAUUAUCCAGACGCCAAUGAGUGGAAUGACAAUGAUUUGGCCAGGAAGGGCACAAAAGAAUCUAGCAAUGAAAGUAAUAACGCCAAAGAUAGUGAUCACACUUCAAGAGAGAUCGCUACCCCCAACAGGGAAGCAGGUAACCAAAAUUAUAACGAGCAAACGGCAUUCAACUGCGGUAUUUACUUCACAACAGAGGGGCUGAUAGUCCCAAGAAACAAGAUUCCAAAAAGUGACCAAGUUGAUGAUACCAAGGUUGACAAGCCGAACAAGUCAAGCACUGGUAUUUACAUGUCAUCAAGUCAGGCGAUAGGAAAAGAUAGGGAAAGUAACAAAACGCCAAAAAGUCACGAAGCUUGCAAAAGUGUCAUUGCAAAUGAACCCAGUGUCUCCAACAGUGGAAUCUACAUGUCAUCAAGCCAGGCCAAAGACAAGAAAAAAGACGGGGAAAACGAGCCAAGUGGAGCAAGCACUGGUAUUUCCAUGUCACCAAAUCAAGGCAAGGAUAAAGAUGGGGGUGAUAAGAUGCCUGGGGUUUGUCAAGAUGGUUUAAGUGUCAGUGUUAACAAACCAAACAUUCUAAGCACUGGUAUUUAUAUGUCUCCUAAACAGGCAAAAAGCAGUCGAGAAUAGAUCACCUAAAAGUAAUGAUAAGUAGAUAUCCUAUUGUGCCAAAAAUAUAUAGCAUAGAAAUAGAGCCACCAUGUCAUGAUUCAGUAAUCAUGAUUCAGUAAAAUACCAUACAUAAGAAGUUUAGGUUAAAGUCAACGCUCCAUAAUUAUGUUUGUAAUUUGCCAGGGGAAGACAAAAAAAUACGUAUCUUAAGACCGCAGAGGUGCUUUGAAACUUUCUCAUUUUUGUUGUAUAUCCAACAAACAUUUUUGUUGUAAAUCCAGCAGAAAAACUACACGGGAAAUUUUGUUAAAACUACUGCGAUCGUUGCAUUGAAAACUCAAAAAUACCAUACCAGGUAUUCCUUGUGUGUAUUCCUAUGUGCUAGAAGGAAAUCCUCAUGUAUGAAAAAUGCCACGGGCUAAUUAGGACGACAAAGGUACACUCGAAAUUCGCAGAUGACAUGGACUCGUGGAAACGAAUUGCAAAAACACAGGAGAAAUACU